GGUGGAUAUGAGGGGUUACCUGAAAACAACGGGGUGGGUAUUUAAACUCCAGGCCGAAACCACUACAGUAGGAACACAUAGGGAUUGCGAUUUAUGUUUACAGAAUGGAGGAGUUGAGGAGCAUCACGCCCUGAUCGAAUGGAGCAAAUCAGAGCCAUGCUUUGUGCUGAGUGACCUGAACUCUGCCCAUGGUACAUAUGUCAACGACUGUCGUAUCCACAAUGCAGCCGUGCGUCUAACCCCAGGCGAUGAACUGCACUUUGGCUAUGGAGGCUCCACCUACCAGCUAGCUGUGGAAAGCCCAUCUAUGCUCCCCUGCCCUCCCAAGAGCAUCUGGACAGCCAAUCAGAACUCCCUGCAGCUGAUAGAAGAGCCCCCCCUUGCCCAGUCUCCCUCCUCCCCCACCUCCCAGCUCCCUCUCCUACCUGGCAAUACUUCUGCCCCUGUUGCUUGGGUAUGGGGGCAAUCAUCUGUCACCCCUCAUCCCCCUAGCCGGGCUCGACCAACCAGUGCUGGGACCAAACGGACUGGGCAGAGCAUCCCCUCCGAACAACAAGGGACAUCCUCACGAAGACCAGGAAGUUGGACUGGACACACAGGAAGCGGGCCCCCUCAGAGAACCGGAGCAAUAGCAUCUGAAAGUUCUCAGACCAUGCAGCACCUCUUACAGGAGAAGGAGGAGAGGCUGCUGCGGAUAGGAGACGAGAUCAGCAGGCUGGCUGUGUUUGAGAGUGAGUCCCAGAGGAAGGACAGGGUUAUUGCAGGGCUGAGGGAUGAGGUGUCAGCUCUGAGACACCAGCUGACCCAGAGCCAGCAGACCGACCAGGAGAUCAAACACAGGCUGCUCAGUCUGGAGAGGGACAUCAAUGACAAGAGGGAGCAGAUCCAAAGGAUGAAGGAGCAGAUGGUAGAGCUGCAGAGGGGCUCCAGUGAGGUGUUUAGGCAUUCGGUCACCGAGCGAGACCUAAAGAUUUCCAAUCUAAGAGGUCAGAUGGAGAGACUGAAGAGGGAAAGCAGCACUGCCUCAGGUCUGGUAAGAAGCUUACAGAGAGACCUGAGUUCGAGGGAGAAGCAGGCUCUGAAACUGGCGUCUGAGGUGGACAGACUCCGGCAGGACAUCCGACACAAGGACAUCCAACUGGGGGCUACUGCCACCAAGUUCUCCAAAAUGAGCAAGAAGCACCAGGAGGAGUUACUCAACCAUGAAAAUGAGGUGAUGACACUGAAGAAGAGCGUUGAGAGGCUGGAGGUUGCUUUGGGGGAUAAGCAGAGGCUCCUGGAGCUCCAAACAACAGAGAGGGACUUGCUAAAAAACAGACUGGAGAAGAAGAUUGGGGAGCAAGCUUCUAUGUUCACGGAGUCUGAGGCAGAGAGGCACACACAACAAAAGAAGAGCAAAGCUGAGCUGGAUCUGGUGCAGGCACAGAUUGAGCACCUUCGUGACCAGCUGCUGAUGAUGUUACCCACUGAACCCUCUGACUCCACUUCCCAUGAUGCCUUGUCAGACCAGCAGGUAUUAGAGCAGGUGGCAGAGCUGCUAGGAGAGAGAGAGAGCCUGAUGAGUAAAAUAGAGGAGCUGGAAGGACAACUGAAGGAGCUCAUGACUGAACAGGAGGGGGCAGCAGAGGACACAGAGAGACUGAAGAGUAGGCUGGAGACCUGUCAGAGUCAAUUACAGGAGGCAUGCUCGGCAAAUGCACUGGAAAAGGCCAUGACCUCACUACAGGAGGAUAGUGUGUCUCCAGCUCUGGCCUGGGUCAAGGCUUCAGUCCUCUCCAUAAUGGCUACCCAGCUCCCACUGCUUCAGAGUGCCACCCAGGCACUACUGGAAGCUGGGAUAGAUGCUUCACAUCUCACUGAAGGAGUCCUGAGUGGCAUCAGAACCCUGGUCAAUGAGCAUCAGGGUUACACAGUGGAGCUUCAGCAUUUGAAGAUAGACCUGGAGGAGCUCCAGGAGAGAGAAGCAAAUUCCAGAGAGCUGCAGGAGCUUCUGAGCAUUACCAGAGAGGAGCUGGUGCAGCAGAGACAGCAGAUGACUGUGGCACAGCAUGAAGAAGAAGCCAGGAAGAAGGAGUUGGAGGAGCUAAAGGAGGAGUUGGAGGCACUCAGACAAGCCCAGACUAAACUGCAGCAGGAGGCACAGACCCAGGAGGCCGAGUGGUGCACCAGGCUGGAGGAGGCAGGCAGGAGGGAGGAGGAGCGGCAGGAUAAGGUGAAGGAGGUCUUGGAGGAGGAGAAGGAGCACUACAGGGUCUGGGAGGCCGAGUACAGGGAGCAGGUGCGGCAGCACGCACACACCAUUGUGGCCCUGGAGCAGCGCUGUGUCCAGAGCAGACAGAGAGCCCAGGAGCUGGAGGAGGAGAGGGAAGCGCUGAUUGGACAGCUGAGAGCGUUGGAGGGGAAUCUGGAGAGUAGUAGGCCUGUGAUGAGUACCAGUCCCCUGGAGACACAGACUAAACAGGCCUCAGAGGUAGCAGUCCUGGAGGGUAAUAUCACUUCACUCAGGGCAGACUUGGCCCAGUCUCAGCUGGAAACAUGUAGCCAGGGUGACCUCAUCGUGGCUUUGAGUCGUGACCUGGCUGCAGCCAAUGCCAGGAUAACAGACAUGACAGGGGAGCUCAGUGAGCAGCAGAAAUUACAGUUGGAGCAGCUUAAGGCUCUGGUCGUCGAUCAGAGGGUCCAACUGAGCACUCUCACUCAGAAGCUAAUGCUGAUGUCACAACUCGUGGAGCAGAAAGGGGAGGAGCUUGAGAAAGUGAGGGAUGAAUUGAGGCUUUGUCAGGUGGACCUGGAGAAGAGUCUCAGGGCAGAGAAUGAGAUGAAGGAACAGAGGACAAACCCAGAGCAGACCCAGCCUGUCCACUACUCUGUUGUCUCCUGCAUACCACCACACACAAAGGCAAAAAUACAGGGCCAGUGGUGUACACCUCUGGUCCUCGAGGGCCGCCUUGUCUCCUGGCUUUUGACAACAACCAUAGGAGUAGACUAUGCUAUAAAGGACAAACAUAUCUGGGGCCAGGCUAAGAGGAUUGCACUCUCCAACCGCAUUGAUCAACUGAAGGAAAUGGCCACUGUCACUGCUCCUGGGGAGUAUGCCAAGCAGGGGUCCAAGUCCAGAGGUUAUCGACACAAGGAGGUGAUUCAGCAUCAGAGGGAGGCUCUGUCAGAGAUGAGGGCCAGGAUCGGAGCCUUGGAGCAAACAUGGCCCCUGAAGCGCUUCACCCAGCAGGGGGCACCUAAGAAACAAGCAGGGAGUGAGACGAGCAAACUCAGCACACCGAGGUCUGCAGUGAGUGCCUGGCCACUCCAUGGAGCAUUGGGGGAGGAGACCCUGGAGCGCACAGCCAGACUGGACCUAUCAGACGCCCUGGACCUCAGCGAGAGGACAUACCUGGAUCUGGCACGGGCGCUGUGCGAGGCUCUGGAGUUGAGCGAGGGCCAGCUGCAGGGGUGUGUGUCCCUGCAGCACCUGCCCCAGGAGGAGAGGGCCAGUCUGGCUUCUUUGCGUCACGCAGACCUGGAGCUGCUCCGGAGCUGCAUGGCCCUACAGCACAGCCAGGCCCAGCGAAGUGAAACCCUACUGCAGCAGCAGCAUAGAGAAAUGACUACUCUCAGGGAGAGCCAGGCGGCGGGCCAGCAACUCCAGUCCAGGCUGGAUAUGCUGAGGACCGAGCUGGAGACGGAGAGCCAAGAGAGCUGCCUGCUCCGCGAGGCCUUGCGCCACACCCAGAGUCGUCUGGAACAUGAGAUAGACCUAAACACCAGGGCCGUAAAGAGCCGUAAGGCAGUGAGUGUGGAGAAAGUCCAGAGGAGGAGUGGGAAGACUGCCUCUCACAGCUGUGUCCGUACUGAGGCCGGCGACAAGGCGACAGCGAAGACAUCCAGCCUGCUGGAGAGGCUGAAGAAGAGGGAGUACGAGGUGGAGACCCUGAAGAGGCAGCUGGGGAAGAAGGAGUUUGGCAAGAUGGCCUCCAAGCUGGAGCUGGCCAUUGUACAGCAGCUGCCUCAACAGGCCCCACCACUGACAGAGCCCUCCUAAUGAACUGUAAUCCUGCCCUACACUGGAGUGACUGGACACCAGGGGCAAGGAGACCGGCUCAAGGGUCCUUUUUGACUUGAACAGCGGAGGACACUCAUUACUACGAGACUAGUGAACACUGCUAGUGUGCGUCACACCAUAGAAUUAGAAAUAUAGCACAGCAGGUCUACUAGAACUCACCGUCCCAUUCAAGUCAGCAUCAGUCUAUUUCAUUGCUUCACACGUACUGUACCGCUGCUUCUGGCCAUGAGGAAGUUUCUGCUGGUGGCUGUAUACUACCACACAUCAGAGCCAUUUGUUCUAUAUACUGUAUAGCUUUGUACCACAUCGUAAUGAGUGAAUGCCCCUAUAGAGAUGAUGGAAUAGUCAAUGCAUGAGCAUGUGGGUGCUAAUGAUGUGUGUUUCAAAGGCAGCUUUUCUCAGCUUCCCUCUGAGCUUUGAAUGUAAAAAGUCUGUCGGGCUAUAUCUGCCACAGCUAUAUUAUUUUAGCCGGAACACUUCACCGCUCUUGUUCAUUCAUUCACCACGGAAAAUGAGGCCAUCUUUAUGCACGACAAUACAAAUGCGUUCUUCUGCAGACAUUUCUGCCGAUACAGUAUAAUAUUUUGGUUGACACGUCAUUGCGAUAUCUCAGCAAUAAAAAAAAAAUGGCCAAGGCGUCCAUUUGAGCGGCUAUUUCGGGAGUGUGAGUGCUAAUGACAGGAAUAUGCCCCUGAACCGCAGAUACAAAGAAAAAAGGAGUCUGUUAUUCCUCCUAUCUGCAGUAGACCUCCUCCCCCACUCCCGCCCUCCUCGCUAUGCCUCGAGGUUGUUGUGGUCCGUUAUCGCAGUGGGCAGAGAGAAAAGCUGAUUCAUUUAUUCAUCAUCAGAGCCUUUUCUUGCUCACAGCAGCACAUACCGUCACAGUCACGUGAGCAUAGGAUGAGAGAGAGUGGUUUGUGUGUAUAGGUGCGUAUGUGUAUGUGGGAAGGUGUGAAAGGGUCAAGCGUGAGCGAGCAUGCGCAUCAGUGUGUUGUUUUGAGUGCGUGUUUGUGACGUGUGGCAGUGUUCAUGACGUGUGUGAGUGAGUAGGCCUAUGUGUGAGUCUGUCGGGUUGUGCAUGUGAUUGUGUAUGUGUGCAUGUGCAAAAUCUAUUAUUCAGGAUAUUAAUCCUCCAUUGUUCUACAUAAAGCAGAUGCCACAGAUAAUAGACCCAGUAUAUGGUUUGGUUUCUCUCUCUAUUUGUUUGACUCAAUUCCCAUAAGGCAAGGUUCCCAAACUGGCAGCCUACCAAGUGAUUUUAUUUGGCCCCCCAAGUUUUCUCAGCAAUAAAAAUAAAAAAGGUUUAUAAUUAUUAUUUUUUUAUUUUAAUUGUUAGACAUUUAAGACUGUAAAAACACCAGUAAAUCAGCUCAAAGUCAUUUUAAUUUUGGAAAUCUGUUCCAAAGUAAUCUCACGCAUAAUGGAGAAAUAUAUGUUAUCGUAUACAAAUAUAGGUUUGAAAUGAUUAUGCUUUUGUGAAAUAUGAUAUCUGUUUGGGUUUUUUUGCGAUCAAUUUGCAGUCUACAAAUUAUUUCUAUUAUUAUUUCAAAUUAUUAUGUUCCGGGCCUCUGACCGUCUGCUCGAGAAAAUAUUGUCCCGCAGCUGAAUCUAGUUGAUGAUCCCUGUCGUAAGAGAUAAUGAGGGCUACUCCUAAAAAAGCUUCUUGUCUUCCUCACUCACUGACCCAGAUUUGGUAUUUUAGUGCAUACAAGCAGAUGGUGCAAUUUUUUUGAUGGUACAAUGUUUCUUUGUUGCCUCCAGGCAAAAGGCUGCAUCAGUCUGUCAUCAUUGCUCCUCUCUGAUGUUUGUUAUGGUCUACCUACCUCUAUGGCCAUGUGCAUCAGUAUAACUUCACCCCAAUGCAUUACUACUUGUUUCGGUGUCUUUCAGAGAUGUUUGUCACUCUAUGCACUUUUGUUUUUAUUGUCUGGACCAUCACAGACAAACCACUGAUUCAUCUCCAGACGCCAUUAUAGUUUGUCUGCUUUCAUUAAUCAGGAUCAAUUAUGUGUGUUUUUAACAUGAGCUUGUCACUCACUGGCAUUGGUAUGCCUUUGAUUUCAGCUGGCAGUCCACAGCGCUGUGUUGAGUUGUUGCUAAUUAUAUGUGUUGACCUCAGCAAUUACUGCUCCUCCUCAGUCAGCCCCUUCUGAGUGGACACAACCAGCUAAUUGGCACUGUGCAGAUUCCAGCAUGUUCCUUAAAGGCACAAUCUGGGAUAUUUCCUGCUGUUCAAUGGUAAAAUCAAUUCAUUAUCUUGUUCUUGAGGAAUAUAACUUAAACAUUUUAUGGCCUGUUUAGUCCUUACAUUCGUAGCUGCGCCGAUGAAGUUGGCAGUGGUUGCAUUUCUACAGCUCCCAUCCCUCAGCUCAGUCACAAUGCUACUGUUUGGGCUGAAACUUAACACCAGAUUUUGUCUUUCAUCUUUUUAUAAUCAGCAGAGUGCCCCUGGUUCGCACCAUUGCCUUCGCAAACAGCUAGCUCAGCCACAGUCUCAGUGGCUUCCAUUAGCAAUGCUGAGUCAAGCUUGACCUCUCCUCACUGGUCAUUUACUUAAAGACUAUUCUGUUUUGUUUUAUUAUAAUGUAGGCUAUCUGUGUUGAGAUUCAUUCACACAGAGUUUGUAAAAGCAUUGAGGUUCAGUUGACCUACAUCUGACAGUAUAAAUAAGUAUAAAGUAUACAUAUGACAGUAUUUUCUGAUAAGUAGCCACUUCAACAAUAUAUUAUUACACUGAACAAAAAUAUAUAUGCAACAUGUAAAGUGUUGGUCCCAUGUUUCAUGAGCUAAAAUAAAAUGUAUUUGUUUACAUCCCUGUUAGUGACA